ACCCGAGGGGCUCUGCCAAGACUGAAAUCUCCACCAGCUCUUUGCUACAGACAGAAGAAAUGUCCUCCUCAUCAAUCCGUCUCUCUCUUUCCCUGAUGUGCCUACUCGUGGCCGUGGGCGUCAUAUCAUGUGGCCGGUCUCACAUGGUUUUGAAUUCUGCUCUGGAAGGCGCUCGUGGUGGUCCAGGUGGAGAAGAGAUACCUGAGAGAUUCAGCAUCCCUGAGCUCCAGUGGAUGCUCAGCAACGCCGAGUUGGCCCCUGUGCAGGCAGAGGACCCCCCUCAGAGCAGGAUGGAGCUGGUACGGAGAGACAACACCGUGACGGCCAAACCAGUCAACUGCAUGAACUACUUCUGGAAGUCCAGGACAGCCUGCUGACCACAGCCAGGACCCAGAGGCAUUUCCUCUGUCAAUAUGCUGCCAAUCACACUCUCUUUCCCUCCCCUUCAGCCUCCAUCCCUGAAACAGGCUGACAUGUAGCACAGCUGAGCCUCUGUAAUUGUAGCAACUGUAGGACUAAUGUUCCUAGGCCUCAGUAUUAUCCUGCUCUAAAGCACAAAAUGCUUGAAAUAAAGUGAAUACAGCAUCAACAAAUC